ACAACAACUCCACUGGUGAAGAAGGAAGAAACAACAUUCAACAUGGCGGCGAACAGAGCAGGCAAGUCUGCUGUUGUCCUAUCGUCUGUUCCUCUCCAGCUCCUGCUGUACCUGACAGCCCUUUACUAUGUCUUCUACUUCCUCUCUACACUCUGCAUGAUCAUCUACAAGAGUCGUGUGAUGAGCUACCCUGAUGACCUCCUAACCCAGGAUCUAGGUCUGCUCUUCUUCAUGGCUUGUCUGGAGCUGCUCCGACUCUACUGUGGUGUGAGGGGUAACCUGCAGGAGACGGAGGGUUAUAUGUGGGCUAACCUGGCCAUGACGGUGGCUACGGCCCUGCUGUCUGUCUACUUCCUGGUAUGGCAGCUGUACGUGAUGCAUGCUGACGUCAUCAUCAACGCCAUACUGCUCAGUGUUUACGGACUGGGAGGGGUCCUCGGUCUGGCCACACUGGCUAGAUUCACCAGCGUCACUGUAUACCGCCUUCUAAGGCUAUGACAUCAGAGCCAGACCUCACGUUUUCCUCCAAAAGACAGAAUGGAUUUGUCUACUCCUGACCCCAUCAAUUAUAGCUGCACUGACAGCACCUCCAGAAUCUCCUACACUCCUUCACUACCAAACCUUAAUGGAAGGUAAAGCCUCUGCUGCAUCGUUGGAGAUGUCUGAGUAUCAAUGCAGGUGUUUGGGGUGUUCAGAAUGCUAGUGGAAUCCUGUCUCGGAGCUCUACGGACAAUUCCUUUGACCUCAUGGCUUGGUUUUUGCACUGUCAACUGUGGGACCUUAUAUAGACAGGCGUGUGCCUUUUUCAAAUCAUGUCCAAUCAAUUGAAUUUAGCACAGGUGGAUUAAAAUCAAGUUGUAGAAACAUCUCAAGGAUGAUCAAUGGAAACAGGAUGCACCUGAGGUCAAUGUUGAGUCUCAUAGC